AAAAUAGAGUACAUUUACGUCUUUAUUCUUGUAAAAUUAUGAAUUUUAGGUACAGUUAAAUCACCAUAGCUCGUAAUUCUUGUCUUUGUGCAGAAUCUUUGUAGCAGUGAAAUAUUUCCGGGGACACAUUUCUCUGUGACUCAGGAAGUCAUGCGGAUGUGUCUUUUUGUCGUCAAAAUGGGCUGACAGAACUCAGGAUUUAGAGAUAAACAUAAAUAUUUGUCAACAGUGAUAGAACAAUGGAGUCAAAGAUGGAGAGUAAAUAGCAGCAGGUUGGGUUAAACCCUCCACACCCGCAGGUUUGUUUGAUUUAGAGCCAUCAUGGCGUGUCGUGUUGGUUUACAGUUGGCUGCCAUCAUUACCACCUCCUUCUUCUUCUUUGUCAUCUAAUAUUAACCACAGCUCAGUAUCCACACUGCUGCUGGUCUCUGGUUCUUCUUCUCAGCCUGUUCUUCGUUAUUAUGUUUCAUCUGCAGCUCAGGACUUUGAUUUUUGUAGCCUGGGUGAUCGGAUAUAUCGCCUUCCUGCUCUCCAUCAGGAGGAUGUGGACGGGGAAGUAUGUCCGCAGUCCGCUGGUCCGCUCUCUUUUUGUCAACAUGGUAACUGAGAGCGAGGCUGCUAAGAUCGACACUCAGGAGUGGUAUCGGUGCUGUCCUGAUCUGCUCGGUGAAUCCGUCCAGCCGCUGUUCGUCCAGAGUCACCUUGACUCGGGUACUAAAGCUUUCCUUAAGAGGAGCGUAGAGAAGUCUGGCUGGGUGCUCACUCAGCUUUAUCACUCUUUUGUCUCCACCGUCCUCAGCCCUUUGGUGUCUCGAACCUCCAUCAACGGGUUUCUGGGUCGCGGCUCCAUGUUUGUGUUCUCUCAGGAGCAGUUCAGACGGCUGCUUCGUAUCAGCCCUGAGUGGAGAGCAGAGAGACUGCUGGACCUUGGAGCCGGGGAUGGAGGUGUCACCGAGGUGAUGGGAGCUCAUUUUAAAGAAGUCUAUGCAACAGAAGUCUCUCCACCGAUGAAGUGGCAUCUGCAGAGGAGAAACUACAAACUGCUGGGUAUCGAUGAGUGGCAGCAGACCGGUUUCCAGUACGAUGUGGUCAGCUGUCUGAACCUGCUGGACCGCUGUGAUGAUCCUCUGAAUCUCCUUCUGGACAUCAGGAGGUCGCUCGUUCCCAACACAGGUCGACUUGUCCUGGCCGCUGUGCUGCCUUUCCAGCCAUACGUGGAAGUCGGUGGAAGAUGGCAGCGUCCCAAAGAGCACCUUAAAAUCAAAGGAAAAACGUGGGAGGAGCAAGUCACCAACCUGACCAAUGAGGUUUUCCGCAGGGCGGGGUUUGAGGUGGAGGCGGUGACGCGGUUGCCGUAUCUUUGUGAAGGAGACAUGUACAAUGAUUACUACGUCCUGGAUGAUGCUGUUUUUGUCCUGAAGGCCACUGAGGAGAUCUCAGUGUCCGUUUACUAAACUCCAGACUUUAUUCUCGUCUGUGAUCAUCUCCAGCUUCAUCCUCGGUGUUUCUGACAUGUUUAGAAAUGUGAAGCUCAGGUACUGUAGCUCCAACAUUUACCAGCCAUCAUGUGUGACAGUGAUACCUCAACCUUAAAGCAAAAAAAAAAAAACAGCGCAAUGGCAGUUUGCCUUUAAGAAAAAUCUAGCAAAGAUCAAAUCCCUAAGACAUAUCAACAUGUUGUAGAUGUUUGUACUGUGAUGUUAUUUGUGGGCAGUGUUUACUGUGAGUGUUUCAUCAUAAUACUCCAGUGUGGAUGGAGGUAAUCAUGCCUGAUUAUGCUUUAAUUUUUUUAUUAUCUUAUGCAAAAGGCAGUGUACGAUUCAGACCUUUUUUAGUUGCUCUUGUUUGCUCUGUGUUUCAUUUUGUAAGUGAUGACAAAAUUAAUGAGGCCUUCUUGAAGCAAUCGCAGAUGAUAAACGGUUGUUGCUGAGCAUUUAUAUAUUUUUUGCCACCUGUAGGAAAUUUACAGGCUUUAAACUUCACAUAGACACAUUCUAACAUUAGGGAUGUGCCAAUACACUGAAGUCAGAGCACUAAACAUAUCCAGAUACUUGGCUCAUGAUAAUUUUAUGGUUGUAUAACUAAGGCAUAUGUCCGUAGACACCCUUUUUGUAACCUUUCAAAUUUGAUGGAUUGUCCAGAUUCCAUGUCUGUCAUCAGGCAGAUCUAGCUUGAGCAAGAGUUUAAUCUACCAACUGGCUCCACUGAUAGUAAAAAAUCCUGGAUUGACUCGAUUCCUCAACUGCUUUGAUUGGCCUGUAAUGAUUGUGACAGUUUGCCCAAUCACCCUUUGUUGUUUUCAAGUUUCUGUCCUCCCCAAACAUGGUCUAAUGGGUGUUGCCCAGAUAGAUGUUUAAUAUAUUCCAUAUCUAUGCCAUGGUUUGUGAAACAGUCUAUCUGGCAUCUCUGGUUACAUUUUUGGUGCCCAAACUUCAGCUUUUGUUGUGCUUGCAGUGCUCUCCGUUGAAAAUGGUUUAACUUUUGAAACGUUGAAUGAUCAAUUUCCUCUUACUGACCGAUCAAAUUCAAGAAAAGAUGGGAUUUUUGAUACCAGCUUUGUCAACAGCAAUGGUGGCAAGAAACAAAUCUGACUCGUCUUUUUUCCAGGGUCAGGUUUCCUGAUACACUGCUGUAGAUCUUUGGUGCUCCCCACAGGGAUGCCUGCACCCCAGGUUGGGAAACAGCUUUACAUUGUUGGAUGUUUUCUCUGUGAUACUUCCUUGGAUAAAGUAAAAUGUUUUAAGUGCCUAGUGCUAUUUUAAAAAUGAUCAUACGGAUAAUACAGAGAAAUGUAGAGCUGUAGAAAUGUCAAUAAGAAACAUUCUGCAACUUAAGUUGUGGGUGCUGCCAGUUCUAAAAAGCGCUGUCUGUGGACGUGGUCGAUAGUCAUGAAAAAUUAACAUUGAGCAGGAGAAGCUAGAAACAGCUUUAGCACCCUCUGCUGGUUAGAAAAGAGCACUGCAGCUUGUUUUUCUGUCAGAUUAAUUUAAAUUGUCCAUAUUUUAUGUUGAAUUUUGCAUUGUGAGAUGUCAUUACAGCCCUACACUUUAUAUGCAGGUUUAAAAUUAUAUAGCUUUGCACAGUAAUGAGACCUUCUGACAACAAGCUCAGAUAAAGUUAGUUAAACCAAUGAUAAAUACACAGUUAAAGCUGUUUUCAUGUUUUUGCAGGGGGGGGGGGGGUGUUAAACAUAUAGCUGGCAGACUACCAUAAUGUAGGUGUAUGUGGAUGUAACAAUACACUUAAUUCAAGAUACUGAUAUGACAUUACCGUAAUUUUUCACAUUUUUUUAAAUUUUCAGAUAAGGAUUAAAAUCCAUUUAUGAAAAAUAUUCCUUUUUCUUGAUUAUCGGGAGAUGAAAAUGCUGAAUAUCUUUUUUAUUUGUCAUUACCUUUUUUCUUCAGCGACUUACAAUGAACAAAAAAAAACUACAAGUAGAUGUAGCACCCUCUGCUGGUUAGAAAAGAGCAAAGCAACAUAUAUUUUUGUCAAGUAAAUUAUUAUCAUCCAUAUGUGUUUUGUUUUUGAUUGCCUCUGGAGACAUUACGACAACCCUAUAUUUGAUUUAACCAUUCUUGAAAGUUUGGUUUUGCUUCUUGAAACUCAGUUUAACUUUAGUUUCUAUAAGUGGUGGCAGAAAAUGCAGCCUUCAUAAGCAGGCAUGGGUAGUUAAUGAUAGAGUUAUUAUUGUAGCAAAAACAGAUUUUAUCAAAUUUUUUAAAACUGUGUUUAUAUGAAUUUUGACCUAUCUGAGGGAAAAUAACAAGUUUAGGAAGAUAUCAUUGCUACACUGUAACACCAGGGACAUAAUGACUGAGAUACGGCGUUUACAGUAUGAUUAAUUAUGAUCUUGAAAUACUUCUAUCAAGAAUUGAGUCUAAGUCAAUUCAUGAAUGAACAUUAUGCUUUAAUCAAUUUUUGAAUACAUUGAAAAUGAAAAAUAUUCCAUACCUCUUAUUUUCUUAUACUUUUUAAGCUGCAGAUGUCAAACAAGCCAAAUAUAAAUAGCACCUUCUGCUGGCUAAAAAGAGUAUUGCAAUGUUUAGUUUUGUCUUAUGGAUUUUGAUUGUCCAUAUUUUUAUCAAUUAUUAAUUGUAUGCAAGGUAUUGUUACAUCCUUUUUUAAAAUCUGCAUUAUUUUUCCUCUUCAGGUAAAUUUAAGUGCUUGAGAACAUAUCACCAACAUAUUAUUACUCAUUUAGCUGCUAAAAUUCAGCCUUAUGCUUCAGUUUUAUCUUUCUUCCUUAAAAGUUCUUAUCUGUGCUGUGGCUGAAUAAGCCUUAUCUUAGUACUGUAAGAUUUAAAACAAUGAUAAAGUAUUGACUCGUAGACAAAUAAAUGCUGCAGAUUCAGAAGUUACGCAGUAAAAUUUAUCUACAACAUGCUAACACUAGCAUUUGUGAGCUCCUGGGAGGACCAGGUUAAGGCAAACUGUAGCAUGGAGAUCCAUAAGUGUACUGAACUGAGGGCGUCUGGAUUUUGUUGCUUUUGAUUCCAACUUUAUGUUUGUAAGCAAGUGAUUUCAGUAUUUUUCAUGCUAUUUAAAUUUUGUGAACCUCUGAUGUAAUUGCACAAUUAAUUUUUCAGAGUGUGCCAUAAAUGAGACAUUAUUUGUAUUGAAAGAGAUAAAUGGUGGUCUUGAAUAAAAACAUUACAAUAU